AUAAAUGCCUCCGUUGUGAAAAUGAAGCAACCCCAGGCAGGAAACACAACAGGAAGAGGGGUGGUGAGUUUGUAAAAUAGCUCUCUCAUCAUCUCAACUUCAGUAUGCUGUGAACGAUGGAGUGCAAUGGAGGUGCUGAGAAGAAGAAGACUUACAUGAGCACCAUUACCUUGGAGAUGAAGUCAUCGAGAGAAUCUCCAGCUCAAGGAUGUGGGGUGACGAGCACGGAGAACGGGACAGCACUGAAAGGCAAAAAAAAGACACAGAGGGACACACGGAAAGCUGUCACGCCCAAGAGAAAAGACACCAGUGGAACAGGGCCUGCGGUUGAGUUUGUGGACCCUGUAGAGAACGUGCAGGUGCAUGUUGGGGAGACGGCACAGCUUUUCUGCUCCUUCAACUGCUCGGGGCCUACAGCGUCCUGCUGGAUCCAUAACAGGAAAAAGGUUGUGCUGGAUGGAGAUCGCACUCGCAUAGAAAGCAGCACUCGUGGCAGUGUCUUGACCAUAUCUGAAGUUCUUCCUGUGGAUGUAGGAAGCUACACCAUCUUUGUUCAAACAAGACGAGGCCUCGCUGAACAUACGAUCGUCCUCAGUAUUUGUGAUCGACCAGAACCCCCUGCAUCGUGUCCAUUUGUGUCCCAGUUGACUCCCAGUUCUUUAGUCCUGUCCUGGAGCGGACCAAAUUACGAUGGCGGUUCACAAAUCACAGAUUAUGUGGUAGAGAUGCAAAAUUUCGGUCCAGCUGAAUCUGGGGACUGGAGCGUGCUCACUUCGGAGUGUAAGGACACGACGUACCGGGUCUGUUCGGGCCUUCACGCACAGGGCGAGUACUGCUUCCGUGUACGAGCCUGCAACGCUGUGGGGGUCAGUGAACCCAGUGAGGAGUCGGAUUGCAUCAAGAUGAUUACAGCAGGGGGGCUACAAGAGGAGGCUCUCCCACAAGUUGACGUUGUCAUCGACACCACACACAAGGUCAAGGAUGUCUACAACAUCCAUGAAAAAUUAGGAGUAGGGAAGUUCGGCCAGGUGUUCCGACUGACCCAUAAGGAGACGGGUCGCGUGUGUGCCGGAAAGUUCUACCGCGCCUUCGGGUCCAAGGACAAAGCGGCAGCAAGAGAGGAGAUCAAGCUGAUGAAGGGGCUGCACCAUCCGAAGCUGGUGCAGUGUCUGGGAGCGUUUGACACCCGCUCGGAGAUCGUCUUGAUCAUGGAGUAUAUUGCUGGUGGUGAGCUGUUCGAGCGAAUCGUGGAUGAUAAUUUCGAGCACACUGAGCCCAACAGCAUGAAGUACAUGCGGCAGAUCCUGGAGGGCAUCCUAUAUCUUCACCACAAAUGCAUUGUCCACCUUGACUUGAAGCCCGAGAACAUCGUGUGCAUCAACGCCACUGGGACAUGUAUAAAGAUCAUCGAUUUUGGCCUGGCCAGAAAACUAGAACCUGGAAAGCCUCUUAUGGUAAUGCAUGGGACGCCUGAGUUCGUGGCUCCAGAGGUGAUCUGUUACGAACCAGUGACUUUGGCAACUGACAUGUGGAGCAUCGGGGUGAUCUGCUACAUCCUACUGAGUGGAGAGUCACCAUUUCAAGGAAACACGGAUGCUGAGACUCUUGCCCUCGUCACUGCUGCAACCUGGGAGUUUGACCCUGAGUUUGAUGACAUCACUGAUGAGGCCAAGGACUUUAUCUGCAAGCUGCUGAAGAAGGAGAAAAGCACACGAAUGUCCUGUGAGCAGGCUUUGGCUCAUCUGUGGAUGGCUUCGUCUGCUGGUCGAGUCACAAAAUCCCUGAACAAAGACAAGAUGCGCCAUUUCCUGGCCAGACAAAGAUGGCGGAGAACUGGGAAAGCCGUGCUGGCACUGCAGAGGAUGACUAAUCUCUCUAACAGAUCAGACGGAUCAGAUUCUCCUACAAGUACACUGAAUGACACGGCUCUGGAGAAGGAGGCUGAAGAUGCCGUGGUGGCUCUGGAGCAGCAGCUGAGGAGUGAGCCGAAUUUCCCACAAACCCUUCAUGACCUUACAGAGCCCUGUGGUGCUACUGUGUACAUGGCCUGCAUUGUACAAGGUUAUCCUGACCCGGAAGUGGUGUGGCUGUUUAACGACAAGCCUCUGGAGGAGACAGAGCGCGUGCAGAUCGAGUACAAAGACGACGGGCUCCGUACGCUCACCCUCACCCAGGUGCAACCGAGGGAUUCUGGGAUAUACGAGAUCCGAGCCUCGAACCACCUGGGCCAGGCGCUGUGUUCGGCCAGGCUCACUGUGGCCAACUAAUGGGGCGUGCAGAGAUUGAGUUGACUUCUUGAACAAGGAUCCAGUGCAGUCCAAAAAGAGAACAUUCCAAGCACGAAUCGUGGCUGUUCUCAAGAUGCUACUUUUUUUAUCAUCACUAUUGGACAUGUCUGCUUUUCAUAAAUCUAUAGUGUUAUUUAAUCUAAUAUUGAGUUCAACAUUAAUAUACACUGACCACUUUAUUAAACGUAGCACGUGUCUCUAAAGGUUUGACAUGCUUUUCUGCUCACCGUGGUUGUAAAGAGUGGCUAUUUGGGUUACUGUAGCCUUUGUCAAAUUGAACUAGCAUGGUCCUUCUCCUCUGAUCUCUGACCCCUGGUUUUUCAUAUCGUUUGCUCACUGAAAUAACUCCUGAGAUUUUAAGUGUUAUUUCAUGCAGUGUACUGCUGCACUAUGAUUGGCUGACUGGAUAAAUAACCAAUUGAAAAGGUGGAACGGUAUUCUUGAUAAAGUGGUCAGUGUGUACAUGAGGCUGUCAUUUUAUAAACUUGUCUAAGAUUUUAAUAAAGAAUUUUAAGCUAUAGGACCCAAAGGUUUGAAGGUAAGGGAGGGGACACAGCAGGGUUCGAGGUGAACGAGCAGCAAGUUUGUUUCUCUUUCCAUGUCCUGAUGUGACUUUUUAUUCUUAUGUAUUUACAAGCUCAAUGACAGGAAGUUGAUCAAAAAGCUGGUAGUUAUAUUAUGCUGUAAUAACUUUCAAUAAAACUCACUUUAUGAUCAGCAAAUAAAAA